UCCAUCGCUGUGAUAAUGAAAGUCAAUGAAAAAAUAGCUGACAAAUUGAAGUCCCACCAGGAUGAGGAACUGUCGGAUCCAGAUCGUCAAGACGAGGAAAGCGGCGAGGAAUUGCCGCAGCAGCCGACCCAGUCGAAAGAUCAUUCUUCGGCCGAAAAUACGCCCGCGCCCACGCCACUAGCUCAUCUAAGUAGUCUUAUGAAUUCGACGCAACCACACUUUUUAGCGAAAAUCAAACUCGAGAACGAGAUGAAUCUGAUAAACAACAAAAGCGAGCUGGAGGUGCUUCAAGCGGCAAUGUCGGCGGCGGCUGGCGGCGGUGGAUUCGAUCUGCCCUUCUCGUUCACCAAUCCGCCACGCUACCUCACCAACAACGCCCAAUCGAACAAUUCGCAGCACUCGGUGAACGCCCUGAUCGGCUCGAGCCUCGGUGCCGGUUGCACCCCCGCGGCGGUGGCUCCCCUGCACGACAACAACAACAGCGGCAUGUCGAACAACAACAACAAUAACAACAACAGCAGCAGCAACAACAACUCGAUGGUCAACAAUCCACUGGUGAGAUCGCCCACGUGCUCGCACUCGAGCGAAUCGUCGCAGGGCAGCGGACGCGGCAGCAAUGCUCUGAUGGAGAGCCACAAGCGCCUCGAACCGGGCCAUCCGGGCCACGACAAGUUGCAGACUCCGCAGCAGCAGCAGCAGCAGCAACAACAGCAGCAACAGAAUCAACAGACCAGCUGGAGCUUCGAGGAGCAGUUCAAACAGGUUCGUGAGCUGUACACACUGAGCAAUGAUCCGGAGCGCAAGAUAUUCCUCGACAAUUUGUUCAAAUUUAUGCAAGAACGAGGUACACCGAUCAAUCGAUUACCGAUCAUGGCCAAGCACGUGCUCGAUCUCUACGAGCUGUACAAUCUCGUCGUAGCUCGGGGUGGACUGGUCGACGUGAUCAACAAAAAGCUGUGGCAGGAGAUCAUCAAAGGACUGCACUUGCCCGCGUCGAUAACCUCGGCGGCGUUCACGCUCCGCACCCAAUACAUGAAGUACUUGUACGCGUACGAGUGCGACAAGCUGAAUCUGUCGACGCCGGACCAGCUAACCGUGGCCAUAGACGGCAACAAGCGCGAGGGCCGCAGGACGACCUACAGCAAUCAUCGCGAGCUCACCCCCGAGAUCAUGUCGAGGGCGGCCAUGAACGGCGCCUCUAAUCCCAUGUCGCUGCCGAGCAAUCUGGCGCCUCUGCAGCUCGUCGCGGGCUCCGGAGUCGGCCAAUCGGCCGGACCCAGUGGCAUGAACGGCAUCUCGCAGGCCCAAUUGAAUCAUUACUCGCAACAGCUGCAGCAGCAGCAACAGCAGCAACAGAACGCCGCGGCGGCGGCGAGCUUGCAGCUCGGUGGUGGCGCAGCGUCCAGCGCGAAUAUCGAGCAAAUGAGCGAGUACUUCAGGAGUUUGCAACGCGAGAUGAACGGCCAGCACGGCCAACCGGCGGAUCUGAUGGCUGCCGCUGCCGCAGUGGCCAGUCAGAGUAUGGCCGCAAAAUUGUCGCCAACGCGCAACGGCCUCGAGCUACUUGAGAUGUCGAGGAUCCACUCGCUCUGGAACACCAUCUACAAUAACAACAUGCACCCGGCAGUGUCGGCCGCCGCGGCCGCGGCCAUAGGCUUGAAUCAGUUGAGCGCCGCCGGAGUAGCCUCGUCGUCGCCCCCGCCGCCGUCGCGCGUCAACACCACGUCUCCGCCUCUGCGCUCCAUGGAGUCGGUCGGCGAGCAAGAGCAGCAAGAGGCUCUGGAUUUGGGUGUGAGAACUUCGACGUCAUCGUCGCCCGUAGCGCGCAGCCCCAAGCCCGUGACGAAACGAGAGCGCGAACCCGAGGAGGAGCUGGUCAACCAGACGCCCAAGAAACAGUGCGUCGUUCGCUGCAAAGAUCGAUCGAACAAAAAGUCUAUGUCAAUCAACAUGGAAAUUAACGGCGUUAUGUACUCGGGUGUACUCUAUCCCGCCGAAUCGGUAGAUAAGAAAAAAGUCAAUCACGACGACGAGGAUAGCAGCAACGAAGAUCCUGCCGGGGAUAAGGAGAGCGCAGAAAAUUAAUUCGACGCAUAAUACAUCUCAUAUAAUUAGUUGUUUCGAAUUAUUUACUCGUAAGGAUCGUUGUACAUAGUCGGAGAAAAGCCCAUAGUAACGUAAAUGCGAUAAAAGACGAUUUAGUUGACAUGUUUAAAUACGUUGAUAACUUUUUUAUACUUAAUUUUGUAUGUAUAUGAUUAUUAUUAAGUUUAUUUUAUUGCAUAAGGAGUUUUAUAUUAUGCAUUACAUCUGUGUAACUGCGCGCGCCUAUGUGCUCUAUGCGCAGUAAAAUGAACAUUUUAGUUGAUCGAUCUUAUCUAUUUUAUGCUUCAAAAUUAUGCUGGAAUUUCACAAAUCAAA